AUCCAAUCAUUUCUCCACUUCUCUGCUAAAAGAAAUAGUACAAUGGAGACACUAUUACAAACAACAUCAACUUAUCCAAAUCCAAACCGAAAACACAGUAACAUUGGUACUAGCUUCAGUCUAAACAAAAACUCAAACACUUUAACUUUUAUAAACGCCUACACUUGUCCACUUCCGUUCACUUGUACAAAGCUUCCACUUGGAUUUCACAGUAGAAAAUCAAUAAUAGUUGGAGCCAGAAAGAAGAAAGAAGAUAAACAUAGCUUUGUUUCCAAAGAAGAUGAGGCCACUGGUCCAUUUCCUGAAGCUGUCUUGCUUAAAGAGAAAAAGGUGCUAGAAGAUGGUCAACUUCUUCCAGAGUUUGCUGAUGAUGAAGAAGAGAAGCUCUAUGAAUUUUUGAAUCUUGAGAUGGAGAGCCAAUUGAAACUUGAACUUAUGCGUCACUAUGAAGUAGUUUAUCUAAUACAUGAGAAGCAUGCAGAAGAGGUUGGCAGUGUUAAUGAGAAAAUUCAAGAUUAUGUUAGGGAGAAGAAAGGAAGGAUAUGGAGAAUGAACGAUUGGGGGAUGCGUAGGCUGGCAUACAAGAUACAGAAAGCCACUCAUGCCCACUACAUUUUGAUGAAUUUUGAGAUAGAGGCCAAAUGGAUCAAUGAUUUCAAGAGCAUGUUAGAUAAAGACGAGAGAGUUAUUCGACACCUUGUGAUUAAGAGGGAUGAAGCAAUCACGGAGGAUUGUCCUCCUCCACCUGAGUUCCAAUCUUUGCGUGCUGGUUUUGAUGAUGACGAUGAUGACGAGGAUGAUGAGGAUGACGAGGAUGGAGAUGAUUUGGCUGACGAAGAAGAUUACGAUGAUGACGGUGAAAUGGACGGUGAUGGCGACGAAAUUGAAGAUGGCAUUAUUUUUGUCGAUGCUGAUGAAAAUGACGAUGACGAUAGCAUGGAAUGGAAUGGAAAACAAAAUCAGAUUCGCGAGAAAGUAGGUAGAUAAAAUAUGUAAUAAAUGUGUUCAGAUUUUAUGAUGAUAUUACAAUUUUGUCAAUGUGUUAUAAUAUGAUUGACUUAGUCUACUAAUGACGUGGUAGACUUGGUCUACCUAUAAAUUUCUCAAUAUUUUAUCAA